AUGCAGCCCACAGGAAUGGGCAUGGUGGUUGCAGGUCUUCCUCGUGAGUGCUCGGUGGAGGCCCAAGGAGACGAGGUGGCAGCCCUGAAGUCAGUGGAUCUGCAUGAAUUUGGAAAUUUUCAAAACCAAUUUGCUGUGGACUUGCACAAGAAUAUCAACAUCCAGUGGCAAAAGCAUGGUUACCCCUUGAUUGGAUCACUGACCUAUUCAGUCAAAGCGAUUGAGUACAUCGUUCGCGUUGCUGACAGAACUGGAGGAGAAAAAAAUACCGUCAUUGUUAUUUCUCUGGGCCAGCACUUCAGACCCUUUCCCAUUGAUGUUUUUACCCGAAGGGCUCUCAGUGUCCAUGACGCAGUUCAGCGCCUUCUUCUGAGAAGCCCAGACACUGUGGUUAUCAUCAAGGCAGAAAACAUCAGGGAGAUGCACAGUGAUGUGGAGAGAUUUAGUGACUUUCAUGGUUACAUCCAAUAUCUUGCCAUAAAGGACAUUUUUCAGGAUCUCAAUGUGGGCAUUAUUGAUGCCUGGGAUAUAACAAUUGUAUAGGGCACAAAUAAUGUCCACCCACCCCAAUCUGUAGUCAGAAAUCAGAUUAAUAUAUUGUUAAACUUUAUUUGCUAGAUAAAACAUAUCACUUUAAUUUAUUCACUUAAUUAAAGACAUCUAUUAAGUGUUUGCUAUCAUGCCAGCUGCUGUUGGCUCUGAACUCUCAAUUAGCAAGAGAAAAUCUGCACUAUGGCUGAUUUAUUAACCAGCAACUCAACCAAAUCAGUUAUUUCUAAUUUGGGCUUCCACUUACAAAUAAACACAAAAAUACUUAUGAAAAGGAGCUACCCUUCUUGAUCAGAGUCAUGACACUUUGCACAAGCAGGAAGUCAAGACACCUAAUGAUUAAAAGUUCUCUGUGAUGCAUGGAAAUUCAGAGCAAUAAAGUCAUUA